GUUUUUGGAGAAACGAAAGUGAAAGAGUUGAGUUUUCCUCGACUCAGUGAAUCAUCAUUUUUGUUUCUGCUAGUAGUCCUUUAACCGACCUGGAGCUGUUGUACAGUGUUGUAAUCAGUUGUAUCGGUUAGGUGGGUCGUAAUGGCAUCUGAUAACGAUGAGGUGAACGUGGCUGUCAUUGAAGAUUUCAGGCCGAGGUUGCGACAGUAUAUUGUGGUGCAGCGGGUUCUGGAUUACAUUGACUUUAUCGGAAACGACCAAAAGGAGCGGAUCAGACAGAAAGACAGGACCGAGGGUAACGGGGCGGCUGUGGAUCUCCUCAUUAGCUCGGUCACAAAGAAGCCACAUUCACCCGGCUGGUUCAGGGCAUUUGUCGACGCCUUGGUAAAUGCAGGUUGCGAACAUGCAGCGGACUACGUACAGGCCAAACUCCCAGACCCUGAAGUGGAGGCAGAGAAUGAUUGCUGCGUCCGGCUUAUACAAUUACUGUUACCCAGUCUAGUGGAUAUGGACACUAAAACUGUGUGCACACACUGUUUCUCUGCGGAGCUACUCACCCAGGAUGACACUGAGAUUAUUACAGCUACAAUAGAAAAUCAAGGACCCCAGAGUGGAGCCAGUGAACUUCUGAGAAGAAUCGUGAGAUGUCCACCAGGAUGGUUUUCAAAAUUUCUCAAUGUUCUGCGUGAUACUGAGCACCCCCGCCUGUACAAUGAGCUGAGUGGAGUCUCACCUGACUGUGACAUGCAAGGCUCAGAUGAGAAAAUGCUUUCACUGAAAAAUGGAAGUGAAGCUUGCACAGAGAUGUCAGCAGCAGAGGAAAGCUGUGAUAGCAUACAGUUUAUGGAGAUCAGCACAACCGAGAACCCUCAGGAUGAAGCCACAGACCUGUAUGAGGGAGCAAGCGUUGAAUCAAAAUUGCCUAACACCUUGGAGCCUUCACAACCAGAUGGAGCUGACUCAGAAGCAGCAGCCAGAGUCCCAGAAAAAGCUGAUAUUGUUCUUCGAGAUUAUCAGAUGGAGGUCGCCAGACCUGCCUUGGAGGGGAAAAACAUCAUCAUAUGCCUCCCGACAGGAAGUGGUAAAACCAGAGUUGCAGUUUAUAUUACCAAAAAACAUCUGGACGGCAGGAGAGCAGAGGGGAAAUCAGGGAAAGUAGUCGUCCUGGUGAACAAGAUUCCUCUUGUUGAGCAGCAUUAUCUUGCAGAGUUCUUGCCAUAUUUGAAGCAGGCCUAUAAAGUGGAAAGAGUCAGUGGAGACUCGCAGCUCAAAAUCUCUUUCACAGAGAUUGUGAAGAAAAAUGAUGUCAUCAUUUGCACAGCCCAGAUCCUGGAGAACUACUUGGAGAGGUCUAACAAAGGAGAUGACGAAGGGGUGAACUUAAGCGAUCUGACACUGAUCGUAAUAGAUGAGUGUCACCACACUCAGAAAGGAGGAGUCUACAACCACAUAAUGAUGCGCUACCUGAAGCAGAAGAAUAAGAACAUGAGGCUGAAGAAGGAGCAGAAGCAGCCCGUCCCCCUCCCUCAGAUCCUGGGCCUGACUGCCUCACCAGGGGUCGGGGGAGCCACCAAAAUGGAGAAAGCUGAGGAGCACAUACUGCGUAUUUGUGCAAACUUGGAUGCUUCCAAAAUCAUGACAAGGAGCCUUGGGGAGUUCACAAAGGAACAAAGGAAAAUAGUUGUAACUGUUGAAGACAGAAACGAGGAUCCCUUUGGUGAUGUAAUCAAGACAAUUAUGAAUGCCAUUCAUAAUCAUGCUGAGCUGAGCCCCACCUGUGACCUUGGCUCUCAGAAUUAUGAACAGUGGGUUGUUCAGAAAGAGAGAAAAGCUGCAACGGAGGAAAAUCAGAAAGUGCGGGUUUGUGCAGAGCACCUUCGACAGUACAGCGAGGGCCUCAAUCUCAGCAACACCAUUCGCAUGCGUGAUUCGUUCAGCUUCCUGAACAAAUUCUAUGACGAGGAGAUAAAGAAAAAGACAACACCAGAUGAGGAGCAUACCAUACAUAUCACAGAUACUGAGAGAUUCCUCUUCAAUUUAUUUAAAGACAACAAAGAAGAGCUGCAGAAGCUUGCAGAGAAUCCAGAGUAUGAAAAUGAUAGCCUGUCAAAACUAAGAGCAAAAAUUCUGCAAGAGUUCAGUACUAGGGAUGCGGCCAGAGGGAUAAUUUUCACCAAAACACGUCGCAGUGCCAUUGCUCUAAGUCAGUGGAUUCAGGAAAACCCCAAGUUUGCUGACAUUGGAGUGAAAGCCUCAUAUGUCAUUGGAGGAGGAGACCAGAGCGUUGUCAAACCUAUGACCUCUGCAGAGCAAAAGGACGUGUUGACCAAAUUCGGCAAUGGUGAAGUCAACUUGCUGAUUGCUACAACAGUGGCAGAGGAAGGUCUGGACAUACCAGAGUGCAAUUUUGUUAUCCGAUAUGGCCUUGUGACCAAUGAGAUUGCUAUGAUUCAGGCUCAGGGCAGAGGAAGAGCUGAGGACAGCAGUUACACUCUGGUCGAGGUGAAGAACUCUGGGGUGGCUGAAAAGGAGUGCGUCAAUGAGUACCGCAAGACCAUGAUGAACAAGGCCAUUGACAAAAUCCGAGCCUUAAGUCAAACUGACUAUGACAAACGGAUCAUGGAGUUUCAGAUGCAGUCUAUAAUGGAGGAGAAGGUGAGAAUGACAAAGAAGAAGCAGAAGGGCGUAAAGAAUGAGAACCCGUCUGAAGUGAAGUUCAGCUGCCGAGGCUGCAGCAAACAUGUCUGCACUGGCGAAGACAUCGAGAUCAUCGAAAAUAUGCACAGAGUCAAUCUUACACCAGAGUUUUGUGAACUUUUCAUUCGGAGAGAAAACACCACUCUUCAAGAGCGACUUCUUGAUUAUGAGACCAAUGGCUUCAUAGCAUGCAAAGACUGUGGGCAGAGAUGGGGUUCCAUGAUGCUCUACCGCGGGAUCGAGUGCCCAUGUCUCCAUGUGAAAAACUUUGUGGUGACACUUAGUGGAAAGAAAAUAAGCAAAUGCACCAAGUGGAGUGAGCUUGCCGUCAAAUUUUCCGCCUUUGACUACGCCGAACACGCGAGCAAAGUGGCAGAGAGCUCCGAUGAAGAAGAAUCUAUGACCUCCUGAUACUGAUUUCUGUUCUUAUCUUAAGUGUUUUGCACUGCAUGAAUUACUGCACCUAUUCACCCAUUUACCCCUGGUUAAUGCAAUGUUUCCUUUUGAGUCACUGGUGGAUUUAAAUGUGUGCUGCAGACAAGUUUGUCCAGUGCAUGUACGAUAUUUCUAUCAUUUUAUUGGUAAAUGGCUUAUUUCAUAAAUAUGUAAAAUUGUCUAAAUGUAAAUUUGCCCUAGGAUUGUUGGUGUAUCGGCCCUCUACAAAUUGAAUUUACAGCUGAAAUUCUGUAAAAAUCAUUUAAUAAAAAAAACAUCCUCUCAAA